AUGAAUCGUCUCAAGACAUUGCCCAGCUCCAUCGUGAAAGUGCGACAUCUUCAGACACUUGUCCUCAGCUUUAACGAGUUGAGCAGCUUACCGAGAGAUUGGACGGCUUCUCCCAUGAUAUCGUCGUGCUUCAUUUAUGAAAGAAUUGACUUUGCGAUAGAAACGGAUCGGCUGCACAUGGUUACGAUGCAUUGUCUGGCGUGUCAAAAAUGUGUAGUUCGAGUUGGACAGGAAAUAGUCAGAAAUCUUCUAUAG